AUGGGGCAUCCAAUUCAGCUUGGCAUGAUUAUUCCCCCUGGCCCGGAAGAGGUCAUGUCGUGGCAAGUAUUCCAGACAAUGAGGAGAGAGGCCGCAGAAAACGACGGUGUGCUACAUGUCGAUCACCCGACCGCCGCUGCGAGCUCUCCAGCCUCAGUGCUGGGCGCACUAGACAUGGAGCCAAGAAGGGUCAACGAUCUGCUCGAUAGCUUCUUCAGCUACGCCCAUGUCAAGAACCCGAUUCUCGAUGAGACCGCAACGAGAAAGAUGGUUUCAACCACAAUCAUGAACGGCAUCGACUGGUCUGCCGAGUCCUGCCUGUCUCUCUUGAUUUUCGCGUUAGGGUCCAUCGCAACACCCUUCGGCCCGAGUCACGAGACCAUGCCCGGGACCCUGGCUCACGGCAACGCUCAAUCGUUCUUCCAGGCGGCUCAGAAGAGACUCGGGAUCUUGUUGUCUUCGGACGACAUCAUUGCGGCUCAAUGCCUCUUCCUGUCAGGGGUUUACAUGAUGUGCAUCUUCCAGCCUGUCAAGGCAUGGCGGUACUUCGUGCAGGCGCUCGCCAGCUGCCAGCAACUCCCAUUUCUUACCCCUGAAUCUCAGCAACGCUAUCACAAUUAUGUCGAGUCGGGCAACGAACUGCACAAUUACUCCAUCGACACACUCCAGCAAGCCAUCUACUGGUCCUCAUGGAAGUCCGAGCGGGAGAUGAGAGGAGAUCUCUAUUUACCCGACUUCUCCCUCAGCGACAAGGAGCUCGCGUUCUAUCCUCCUUUCUUCCCAACGCCACCGGCGCCAAGGGCAGAGGUUGAGGCUGCUAGUGACCCACGUCUGGCGCGAGAGAGGACCUCGUGGUACUUUUACCUCUCUGAAAUAUCUCUCCGCAGACUCGCGUCCCGGAUUAGCGCCGAGAUGGUGGGUCUUCAGAAAGAACAUCCCACGCGCCAAGCAUACCUCGCAGCCCUGGCCGAGACGGUCCCGCAGUACGAAGAGCAAGCUCGAGGACGACGUGUGCAGAUUCGUGCUUAG